AUGCAGGGGAUAGAAGGGCUGCUGGUAAAGGGUAUAAUUACUCGAGGGCAGGCACAGGCCACGGAGGGGCGGCCCUUGGGAGCACCGAGUGCAGAUUUCCUGGCGCUGUGCCACGCUCAGCUGGACGUGAUGGGGACUGCGCUGCGCUGCUGCGGCGCUCAGCCAACGAGAAUUACACUCUACCUUCGUACGCCAGAGAGCUUCCUAUCCGGGCAGAUUGAAUUGUUUCGAGUGGUGAGAAGGCUGCCCGGGGCCCGAGACAUGGCACGUUACCAAAGCACACAGGGGGAGAUGGGAGGAGGGAGAGAGGAUGGAGGAGGGGAAGGGGGGGAGGUGAAAGGGGUGAGCGAGGAGGAGGAAGAAGAGGAGGAGGAGGUGGGGAACGAGCCGCCUAUUGCGAAGCUCCCGCCUUCAAUAGAAGCCGUGCUUGUACAGAAAGAGGUGAUAUCACUGGAGAGCGAGGGGGCGCUGGUGGUGGCACUGACAAGAGACUCCUUCCUGCUCGGCCUGCUCGUGCUGCACCGCCAGUUGCUGCCACUGCCACCCACAGAUGCACCGCCCCCAGAAGCAGUGAGUGAGAAGGAGGCGCAACGCCAGGAGUCGAGUGUGAAUGGUGCAAAGAGGGACAACCCAGGGGACCCAGGGGGACACUCAAGAACACGAAGUUCAGAUGGAGGAGGAGGAGUUGGAGGAGGGGGAGGAGGGAGAGGAGGAAGGUCAGGAGGGGGAGUGGGAGCAGUGGGUAGACUGCAGCAGUGGGUGCUGAGACGGCCAGAGAGGAGGGGAGAGGGUGAGAUAGGGAGAAGGGGAGUGCGGGAGGAUGAAGUGGAGAGCGUGGAAAGCAAGAGGAGGGUUCAGAGUGAGGGGGGAGGGCGGCAGGGGCGAGGAGAGGGAACGAGGGAGCGGAGGAGUGGGGAGGUGGGUGGGGAACAGGCGAACGGAGGGCAGGAAGGGGGGGCGCAAGUGGAGUGGGUUCAGUUGAAGCCGUAUGAGGAGGAGGAGCAGCGAGCAGCAGUGGGCGUAGCUCGCUCCCUUGCCUUUGCAUACGUCAUGGAACAGAGGGCAUGGAUGAUGCAGCAGUCGCUGUGGCAGCGCACAGUCACCAUCGACUCACUGCUGGACCAGAUGCGAGCUCCCCUUUCUGCUCUGCGCACGUUGGGGCGAAUGCUCAUGCCGCAAGUUGCAAAGACAGAGCUCGGCCCUGACCUGGUGCAAGGCAUGGUGUCUCAGGGCGACGAGAUAGGUGAUGUGCUGUCACAGCUGCAGCAGGCGCUCUACCCCCUGCCACACCCGCCGGGUGCACCACCAGCCACAGCAGCAGCAGCAUCAGCACAACCCUUCCCCACCCAUAGCACCACUGCUACCACCGCCACCACCAUCCCACGCCAAUCCAUUCUUCCACCUCCCCCUCCUCACCGCACACAACUCCUCCUUCCCCCUCUGGCUGACACUGAACUCCCCAUGCCGCCGCUCCUUCUGCCCGCCCCUCCUGCUGCUGAACCUGCUCCCUCUGCUGCUUCCACACCUGCCGCCAACCCGCACUCCUUGGGGGCACCGUCUGGUGCCUUGGCGGCGCAUCAAGUGGCCCGUCCACAGCUCUUCAACAGCUCCCACCCAACCUGCUGCGUGCACCGGGUGCUGCUGCCUCUACUAGACGCCGCUACCUCCCUCGCCACUGCCUGUGAGAUCCGGUUCACUGUCAGCUAUGGCCGUUCCAACACCAGGUCAUGCACGGAACCUGCACCUACCGAGCCUGCUGCCGUGCCUGCUACUUCCGUUCCUGCGACUGCUGCCAUGCCUGUGGGUGCUGCUCUUGGCCGGGUGAAUGGCGGGAGGGAGAACUGGGCCGAGGAAGGGGGCGGGUGGGUGCAUGUGCACUGGCAGCGCGCGCCGGGAGGAGGCGUGCUGCUGCUAGUGGAAGACAGUGGCGUGGGCGUGCACUACCUGUCUGCCAGCAUGGCCGCCUCCACUCAAAAUCUGCCACCUGGCAAGCUGGCACGGGCUGCUGAUGCGUUCGCAGCAAUGGAGCUGGCAAGGAACGUUGCAGAGGUGGUGGGGGCAGUGAUGCGCGUGCAGUCGCCUCACCUGAUUAAUGCCCCCUGUGGUUAUGGGGGGACGCGAGUGGAGAUCUGGUUACCAUCUGCCCCUGUGUCGAUACAGCAGUAA